UUUACUCACCGUUGCCAUUGUGAAAAUCCCACGGCGGUGGGUUUCACGUUGGCCAUGUACGAGCAUAAAGAGCAGACGACCACCGUAGACUGCACGUACUUCACUGUGUGUGCACGUACGUCGGGCCUGAGCCGUGUGUGCGCGUCGUGGCGGCUUUUGUGCACAUUCUUAUGACGUUUUUUUGACAUUGACAAAAUGCGACACCAAAAUAGACGGGUGCCUGAAUAAGCAGCGCACAAAAGCAUUGUGUGUAUAGCGCGGAAGCCGCGGUUAAUUCAAACCGCCUACAGUCUAAAUUUACAGACAAAAAUGCUGAACUAGACCAUCGCCGUGCUCCAAGUUGGACUUUUAAAGUGCAUUUUGAGUUUUUUGGUCUCUUUUAGAGGAAAAGAUGGUUAAUAGACAAUGACUUCAUCAGAAACCAGUCAACUCCAAGCCCAGAACCGGGCUUUGUCUGAAGAAUUAGCUCAGUGCCAGGCUGACAAGGAGUUUGUUUGGUCCCUGUGGAAGCGACUACAAGUUGCCAAUCCAGAUGUUACACAAGCCAUUAGUCUCGUGGUCCAACGUGAGAAGGAAAAAGCAGAGUUGAAGGACAGGAAAGUUCUGGAGAUUCUACAAAUCAAGGAUGACCGCAUUGCAGAAUUGGAAAGGCUGUUGUCUCAACAGCAAGACGAACUCAAAGGCUUUAUUUCAAGGAAAAUUGAAGUUGACGAUGAAAAGAGGAAAAUCCGUAAAGAAAACCAACAUUUCAAGGAGAAACAAUUGCAACAAGAACAGCUGCUCCAGUCAAAGGACGUACGACUGAAGAAUGUCGAAGAGAUCAACAAAGAAACAUUGGAGAAAGUCCAAAAUGACAAAAAAGAUUGUGAGAAGCAGAUUACCAGUUUGACUAUUGAGCUUGAGAGAGAAAAGCAAUCCUCAAUCAGACUACAUGCUUCCAACCUGGACUUCCAAGAUAGAAUCAAGGACCUAGAGAAGGAUAUUCAAGCUAUCACAGAGACUGCUAAGAAAGCAGCCCAUGAGGAAGACAGACAUUUGAGGAAACUCAAGGAUUUGGAGGAAAGUGUGCGUCAGCUUAAAGAGGAGCUCAGGAAAAAGAGAAGUGAACUCAUUGAGCAAGAAAAAGAAUCCAGUAAAUUAAGGAAGGAGAUAUCUGAUGCACAGGCAGCCAGCAGCCAAGCCAUGGAGCAUGCAACUCAGCAGGGGGACGUCAUACAGCAACUGCAAACACUGCAGUUUGAUACACAGAAAGUGUUAAAGAAUCAAGAGGACGCACAUAAAAUAGAAGUGUCUUCCUUUCAAACUAUGUACCAAGAGCUGCAGUCUCGUUACAAAGCCUCCAAAACAUCUGAGCAGCAGUUGAGACAGCGAUUGGCCGCGGCUGAGGAACACUUAUCACGACGGAAGGCAACAAAGGACAUUGGGAUCCAGACUGAUCUGAUGGAUGAUGGGAUGGUUUGGGAGAAACACGAUACAGAGAUGGAAGCAAGGUUGCAGAGGAAAAGUAGACAUCAGCAGGCCAGGGAUGAUCUUGAUGACAGGUAUAGUGCUGUGUCAUCACCAUACAUCAAAGGUCCAUUGAGACGAUCUCGGUCUCUCUCCCCUCGUCGGCCUCGCCCUUACCAGACAGCCUCUUCUCCUACCACGAGAGAGGAACCAGAGGAGUCUGCAACUAGGGAUGCAGAACCAACAGAAGACAACAUCGCAGGGAGGAGAAUCGCUGACCUGAGAAAACUCCUGAAGUUAAAGAAUAAUGAAUUGGAUGAGAUGCGAUCUGCCCACACGAGACGCUUAGAGAGACUCAAAGCCCUUCAAGCCAGCUACAAUGUCCUCAAGGAACAGAUCAAGACCUAUGAUGCAGAAGAAAGACAUCCUCCAAAGAAGAAGAAGGGUCGUCGUUCAGAGCCACGCACGCUGCAGAAAGAGGAUUCAGAUGCAGUGUGGAAUGAGCUGGCCUACUUCAAACAACAGACAGUCAACGUCUUACAAGAGCGAAUGAACCUCCAUGAGGAAUUGGAUUGCCUUCGAGUCCAGACAGCAGCAGAUGCCACCACCAUCAAGGAACUCACAACAUGCUUAGAACAAGAGAGACAAGAGUUGGAGGAGCAGCUGAGCCAAGUAAGCGAAGCAAACAGAAGAGAGAAGACAGAGCGAGAACAGGCUGCAGAGCUGAGAGAUAGGGUCAGUGACCUGCAGAGAUUGAUACAGCAACUGGAGAAAGAGAAGAAUGGAUUGAUGAGAGACAAGAGCCACCUAGAGGCCGAGAACAGGUCCCUAAGGAUGGGCGUAUCAAAGCAGCGAGCUGUGGAGGCUCAGAAAGAGACCAAAAUGAUGGACCUAAGGAGAACAAUCAACCAUCUCAAGAAGAAACUGAGUCAUCUCAAGCACAGGCAGAGGCACACGGUGGCAGGAGUGUCAUUCAGAAGGAGUAAGACAACCAAGGAGCACCAGGCUAUUCUGAACCGUUCAAUACAAGAGAUGAGCUCAAUUUUCUCUGAUUUUGACGGCGAUGAAUGGGGUGAAACUUCCACCAGCCCUAAGGAGAGUACCUCUCUGGAGAGUCUUGGCCAGCAGAUUGUGGAGACUUCUCGUUCUGGUGAGACAUUCCACACACCAAGACAGAGAUCUAGAAGCAGAUGUGCAGGAAGGCUGUCUCCAUCUACCAGACAGCUUGCAUCCAUUCAGAAACAUCUCCGUAGGAUGGCACAGGCAUAUGAAGAAAAACCUGCUCGCGAUGUCAUCUUGAAGUCUGUUGCAACACAAACGGAGAGAGUUCUUCAGGCUAGUAUGAUAGAUACUGGAGUUGGUGAAUAUCUCCUGGAUGAUGAUGUAGCAAGUACUGCCUCAUCAAAUAAUACAGCUAGUUGCAGCACUAUGACGGACAACACACUCACAGAACAAUCUGACACAGAACUGAGAGAUGUUGGUACCUCACCUCACGUUCCUCUGACCAGAUUGGCUCGUAACAUCAGCCGUAGGUCCCAUGGGACAGGUGCCAGUGGGCCCUCCAUUGCCAGCCUCAAGCAGAGAGUUGCCUCACUUCAACAACAGAUGUCUUUGCUGAAGGAGUCUAAGACAUCCUUACAGCGGACUGUGAGUGAACAGGAAGACCUUACAGAGCAGCUACAGUCAGAUCUGAACCUCUCUAAUCAACGACUCAAGAUCUCAAGACAAACCAUUCAGAGACUAACAGGUGAACUGGAGGAGAGCAACCGACAGAGGGCGCUGUUUGAGAAGCAGCUUGAAGACGGAGAGACAGAAUCAAAGAGACAUUCUGAGAACGAACGCAAGCAGAUGGAAAUCAGGCUCAAGGCGCAGUCAGGUGAGAUGUCUCGUCAAGCCAAUAUCAUCAAAUCUCUCAAGAUGGACCUAGAAGCUAGAGAUGCAACUGUGAAAUCCCUCCAAGAAAAGGUUAGUCGUCAGGACAGAGACAUCAACCAGAAGAGAUCGUUGAUAGAAGAUCUGAAAGCCCGAGCUAGAUCCAUAGACAGUGAUAACAAAGUAGCAACACGUGCUACGGAAAUAUUGGAGGAGAAGAUCUCAGCUUUGACAGAAUUGAAUGAAAAGAAGCGGGUUGAGAUUGACUCCAUCAGGAAACAGCUGUCCACCGUUACCAAGGAGAAACGGCAUUAUGAGCAGCUGUACGUGAAAUGCAAGACAGAACUGGACAGGAAGGUGAAGUCUCUACAAGACGCUCACAUCAAGUUGGCCGAAGCAGAGACCGUCUCGACUGAGCUAGAAGUGACAGCUGGACAGCAGUUGAAGCAACUGGCCAGACAGACGGAGCAGGCCCUGGAAGCAGCGCAGGGUAAACUCAAGAAGAUCCAGGCGCAGAAUGCAGAACUCCAGGCAUUCAUCAAGGUAAGUCAGGCCUAAUCUCUUCAGAGGUCUUAUGCGUUAAAGUGG